GGCACUGGCAAACACCUUCUCUGCUUGGGAGUUUGAUGGGUAAGCUUCAGAGACCAGCCUCUCUCUCCUAUGUGGAGGUGGGAAGAAUCAUGCACUCCCCAAGAAAACUCCUGUCCUGUCCCUGAUAUUUCUUCUGCCCCAGGAGCUCCAUUCUCUCCCCCACUUUGCCGGCUCUUAUGUCUUCCAGGGCAUCUGGACUCUCCCCAGGGAAACUGGGCAAUCUGUAGCUAGUGAUGCCGGAGGGGCGAUCGGGAUUCCUGCUGACACUCCUGUGGGUGAGAGACUUGUGUGUUUUUCCACUUGUCAAUGAGAACGAAAGGGAUAAUUUUUCCCACUCUGCCUGAGACAUCGCUGCUGUUCGGCAGGAGGCUAUGGAAACAGAGCAUCUCAUUCUUCCUGAGUAGCACUGCCUCCGUUAGGACUUCGGAUGGGCCAGAUCAUUUGGCUUGUGGACCUAAGGGGAUCCCUCAAAGACUGGUCACUGUUCUUCUGUUCAAGGAUACUGGAGCAUCCAAAGAAACCCAGGAGAGCCUCGGGCUCCUCUGAAGGAACUUGGGUUCUGAGAAAGCAAGUUCUCUAAAAGCGAGGAUACCUUGAGACUUUUUGGACUCUCGGUUCCCAGAGGAAGAAGGGCAGGGCUGGCACCCGGGAACUGGGAUUGGAUCAGGGGGAAACCAGCUUGGGCAGCUGCUCUCUGAAUGGGGCAGGGGCCCUGGUGUUCAAGACAGAAGAAGAAGGGAGUGGUUAGGGAUGACCAUCCGAAUGGCUGCAUUAGUACCUCUGGGGAAUAUAGCCUGCACUUCAAGUCCACGAAGGGGAAGGAGAUCCAUAACCAAUCUCAGGAAGACUCUGGAAAGCUGGCAAAAGCAGUCAACAGUGACCAGCUGGUGACAAGAAAUACUGUGGGGAGACAUCCACUGAGAGGAGGACGAACAGAUCGGACUAUCCCUCCAGUCAGAAUGGGUCCUGCAUCUGUGGGGAAGAGUAAGAAGGGCAGCUUUUUGUCCUCUUCCUCAUCUCCCGCUGAGCAAAGGACGGGACACAUUCUGAUGCCAAAAGGUCACUCGGGCCACCGAGGAGCCCCCCAUCUCCAGCUCACCCCAAGGGGUUUCAAUAUCACCAAAGACCCAGAGAUCCAGCUGCUGCAGAUGGAGCACCCGGAGCUCAGGGGCCAGCUGGGAUGUCUUCGGGUCAAUCCCCUUCGCUUUGUGGGCCCGCCAGAGAGUCUGGAGGCUGGAGGAAGUGGACUUGGGGAACUGGCCCAAAGAGAGUGGGCUGAGCCCUGUGAGGAAGGGCUGGUCGGGCAGAAGCCUGCUGACGUGGAGCAGCUGCUCAAACAGUCUCAGAGGGAGCUGCUUUGGCUACAGAGGCAGCUGGCCUUCGUCUCUACAGGAAGUCCCACCUACCUCCUGCCUCCUCCGGACCAAUUCAGAAAUGAUCUGUACUUGCAACCUGCAGUCCCCCAGAAAGCCUUUGGUCAGUUCCGACUUUUAGAAGAGCGGCCGCGGAUUUCCCCAGCCCAUGUACCUGCUCUGAACCCAGAUCCUCACCAUUGGAGCCUUGCAGAGCAUGAACUGAAGGAUGCUGCACAAGGGAAGAGUCGCCUGAGACUUCAGUAUGCUAACCUUUCCCACAAGGCACUGCAAUAUGAGCAGGUAAAAGCAGACUAUGACCGGCUCAGCCUCACCCUCACCAUAGUGACCAAAGAACGUGAUUUGGCCGUGAAGGAGAAAUACCAGCUCCAAGCCAAACUGGAGAAUCUAGAGCAGGUCCUAAAGCAUAUGCGAGAGGCCGCAGAACGGCGGCAACAGUUGGAAUUAGAGCAUGAGCAAGCCCUGGCCGUUCUCAACGCAAAGCAGCGGGAAAUUGAACUCCUGCAGAAGGCUCAGGUUGAAGCCAAGAAAGAGCAUGAAGGGGCAGUGCAACUGCUAGAGUCCAAGGUUCGAGAACUGGAAGAGAAAUGUCGGACCCAAAGUGAGCAGUUCAACCUCCUGUCUAGGGAGCUGGAGAAGUUUCGGCAGCAGGCGGGGAAGAUUGAUCUGUUGAGCAGUAAUUCUGUGGUGUCUUUGGAUAUCCCGGGCUCCCCUAACAAGCCUUUCACCCACUUUAUGAAUGGAAUAGCCGCCUCCUUUGGCAAAGGUCAGGACAGUACUUCUGGAAGUCAUUCUGUGAUUGCUGAAUUUAUUCGACCCCGACCACUCUCCAGUGACAAACCUGAACCACUGUCUGUCAAACCUACUUUUCUAUCCAGGUCGAGAUCUGGCAGCCCAGGAUGCAGAUUUGAAUCAGACAUGGAUAAUGAACGGAAUUCCAAUACCUCAAAGCAGAAAUACUCCGGGAAGGUUCAUCUGUGUGUUGCCCGCUACAGUUACAACCCCUUUGAUGGACCAAAUGAAAACCCGGAAGCUGAACUCCCCCUCACAGCAGGAAAAUACCUCUAUGUCUAUGGUGACAUGGAUGAAGAUGGAUUCUAUGAAGGAGAAUUAUUAGAUGGACAGAGAGGGCUGGUCCCUUCCAACUUUGUGGAUUUUGUCCAGGAUAAUGAAUCCCGUUUGUCCAACACACUGGGGAGUGAACAAGAUCAGAAUUUUAUCAACCAUUCUGGUGUGGGCUUGGAAGGAGAAAGCAUCCUCGAUCUGAAUUCACCUACCCAGGGGGACUCCAGCAUCCUCAACAAUGGGGCCGGGACGCUGGACGUGAACAUCGACGAGAUCGGAGAAGACAUUGUGCCUUACCCUAGACGAAUCACCCUUAUCAAACAACUAGCCAAAAGUGUUAUUGUGGGCUGGGACCCCCCGGCUGUGCCGCCAGGAUGGGGGACAGUGAUCAGCUACAAUGUCCUUGUUGACAACGAGACCCGCAUGAAUCUCACCCUGGGGAGCAGAACUAAAGCCCUGAUAGAAAAGCUGAACAUUGCAGCCUGCACGUACCGGAUCUCCGUGCAGAGCAUCACGAGCCGGGGAAGCUCGGAUGAGCUCCAGUGCACCUUGCUGGUGGGCAAGGAUGUCAUUGUAGCCCCUUCCCACUUACGGGUAGACCACAUCACUCAGAUCUCAGCUGAGCUCUCCUGGCUCCCGACCAACAGCAAUUACAGCCACGUUAUCUUUCUCAAUGAGGAGGAGUUUGAUAUCGUCAAGGCCGCAAGGUAUAAGUAUCAGUUUUUUAACCUGAAGCCCAAUAUGGCUUACAAAGUGAAGGUUUUGGCGAAACCCCACCAGAUGCCGUGGCAGCUUCCUCUGGAGCAGAGAGAAAAGAAGGAGGCCUUUGUGGAGUUUUCUACUCUGCCAGCAGGUCCUCCAGCUCCACCUCAAGAUGUCACCAUUCAAGCCGGGACCACUCCAGCAACCAUACAGGUCUCCUGGAAACCACCAAUUCUCACACCCACUGGGAUGUCCAAUGGAGCAAAUGUGUCUGGCUAUGGUGUUUAUGCAAAAGGGCAGAGGGUGGCUGAAGUCAUCUUCCCGACAGCCGACAGCACAACAGUGGAGCUGAUCCGCAUCCGGAACCUGGAAGCCAAGGAGGUGACCGUGAGAACACUUUCCACCCAAGGUGAAUCCAUGGACUCCUUAAUAGCUGCCAUUCCACCUGACCUACUGGUGCCUCCAACCCCACACCCUCGAACUACUCCCAAACCUAAGCCAUUAGCAAGUGCCGGAGCCCCAGAUACCAAAGACGAACAGUUGGGUCCCCACCUCAAAAUGGAUGAGUCUUGGGAGCAGACUCGCUCAGCUGCCCCCACACACGGACACAUGCUGGAACCUCCGACAUCUAACUUUCCGAGCUCAGCUCCGGGGAGGCGGUCACCCUCUCCCAAUCGGAUUCUCCCCCAGCCGCAGGGUGCCCCUGUCCCCAACACUGUGGCUAAAGCCAUGGCACGGGAAGCCGCACAACGGAUGGCAGAGAGCAAUCGAAUGGAGAAAAGGAGCAUGUUCGAGGACAGGAGCCGGGCUGGGCAUUAUGCAAACUCUGAUGAGGAGGAAGAAGAUGGCUAUGAUUCACCAGACAUCAAAAGGAGAGGAGCUUCUGUGGAUGAUUUUCUGAAGGGUUCUGAACUUGGCAAGCAGUCCCACUAUGGUCAUGGGGAGGAAUAUCACACAGAGAGCAGCCGGGGUUCUGACCUGUCAGACAUUAUGGAAGAGGAUGAGGAGGAACUUUAUUCCGAAAUGCAGCUGGAGGACGGGGGCAGGAGGCGGUCCAGUGGAACUCCGCACAACACACUUAAGGAGUGCUGUGAAAAUAGGACCAUCACCGAUGCAACUUUUUGGGAACAGCCCGAAUUUCCCCAACAGACCCACCACAGUAAAAAACUUUUUAGUAUCCCAGAAGUAGCCGAAGAAGAUGGAGACUAUUCUGAGCUGCUGCACAAACAAGGUUUAGGGUUGUCCUAUAAGAUGAAAGCCCCCAGAGCCAGAGGACCUAGGUUCCCCAGGUGUUGUAUUGAAGACAAGGUCCAACAGACCACCUGGUUCCCCACCAAGCACAGGCUCUCUGGGUUUGCCCAUCACUCAGAGGACUCUGCCCCUGAAGAGAAGGGUUACAGAUUUAGCCAGGCCCUCACCCGGAGCCCAGACAGUGGGCUUGACUGUGGGAGUGAGGAAGAGGAGUCUCGAUUUAGCUUCCGAAAUGUCCAUGGUCAUCCAUCCCCUCACCCUCGUACCCCCUGCUGCCCUGGCCGCAGCCACUGUUCAUGCCGGAGAAGUCCAAGGCCCCUCCUAGCCCAUAGGAAAACCCUGACCCGGCAGACCAGCAUUGAGGAAGACUUUGGAGAGCAGUUUGUCCCCAGUGAGGUCACCAGGAACAAUGAGACCACACCUGGCCCCGAGAGAACUAGCCCCAGGAAGAGUCACUACAGUGAUCCCAUGAAGCCAGAAGACCCUUGCUGUGGCUGGAAGGUCCAGAUGAGUGACAGCAGGGCAGCUGUCCUGCUUACAAAAUCAGCUCCCAGAGAUGGAGAAGGUUCUUUGCUUUUAGGAAAUCCAGUGUCUGCAGGACGGAGUGAUAGGGUGGAUCACCCAGGUCGAAGGUUAUCACAUGGCAGUGCUGGACCUCAGAGGCCCCGGCCAAUGAUGGUCCCUUCCAUUGAAAUUACAAUGGACAGUAACAGUGAAGGCGGUCGGUCUCGGUCAGGUAGUGAGGGUAAUAUUCCCUCUGUAAAAGAAGAAGCUUAUUGUCGCGGCAUGGGUGGACACAGAAUACAGCCUCCGCAUCGUGCCAUGGCCCCUGACCUUAGACACGAUGGGUACUGCAGCCGGGAUCGCCUGUCUCCAGACCUGUAUGAGGAGUCUGAAACAGAUCCCGGUGCUGAGGACCUUUCAGUUCGAAUAUUUGUCGCUCUCUUUGACUAUGAUCCACAUACGAUGUCUCCCAAUCCUGAUGGGGCGGAAGAAGAGUUACCAUUUAAGGAAGGACAGAUUAUUAAGGUCUAUGGAGACAAAGAUGCUGAUGGCUUCUACCGUGGUGAAACCUGUGCCCGGCUUGGCCUUAUACCUUGUAACAUGGUCUCAGAAAUCCAAGCUGAUGAUGAAGAAAUGAUGGACCAGCUCCUUAAGCAAGGCUUUCUCCCCCUGAAUACCCCCGUGGAAAAAAUAGUCACCUGUGAUCGUUUCAAAGAGAGCGCUCUCUCUGUACACCGCAGAUCCCGAAAGUCUAAAAGAGAGAGGAACAGACGGAGUGGCAGACACCCUAUGUCUACAAGAAGAAUGGUGGCUCUUUAUGACUAUGACCCAAGAGAAAGCUCUCCUAAUGUUGAUGUAGAGGCAGAACUGACAUUUUGUACAGGAGACAUUAUUACUGUGUUUGGUGAAAUUGAUGAAGAUGGAUUUUACUAUGGAGAGCUUAAUGGACAAAAGGGUCUGGUUCCUUCAAACUUUCUGGAAGAAGUGCCUGAUGACGUAGAAGUCUACCUUUCGGAUACACCAUCUCGUUAUUCUCAAGAUGCCCCAAUGCGUACCAAGGCUAAAAGGAAGAAGAGUGUUCAUUUCACACCUUAAUAAGGCAAUGUAGCCUUCACGUAAGUGAGCAACUGAAGAUACCAAUAAAGAUACCAAUUUAAGCUACCUUGCAAUAACUAAUGCAGUAGUCUUAAGACUUAACUGUGGGAUUCAAAAAAAGAAAUAUGUCUCAAAAAAUCAUUGGCCCCCAAAUCUGAGGAUGUUGCUUUUUCUCAGUUAUGAAGCUUAACUGAAUUUGUCAUAAAAUAAAUUCUCUCAUAUCCAUUCCUCACUAUCAUAUUACAACAAAUUCAUGAAAAGGUCAACAUUUGGAACAUAUUUCUUAAUGAAAAAAGUAUUUCUGUUUAUGUAGAGAAGUGUUCCAAUGUCUAAGGAUUCCAAAAAGAAAAAGCUGCAGAUUGCAUUGUUAGCCAAUCUCUGAAAAAAAAAAAAAAAACACGGUCCAUUACUUGAAAGACUUUUAUCCACCCCUCCAGAAAAAUUCAUAUGGAAGAUUAAAAUUCACAUGAAUAGUUUAAUCAAGUUGGCCUGGAGUUGUCUCAUACCAUUAGCAAGCUCAAAUCCUGGCUUGAACUACCUAGAAAUGUUUUCUUAGGCAGUUCGACUUCUAUAUUUAAAAAUAUAAUGAUAUAUAACCCAUCACAGAUAUUUUAAAAACAAAGAAACAAAAUGAGCCAACCUCUGGGAGACACUGAAUAGUGUUUGGUUUACCAAUGCAAUGUUAACUGUCAUGGGUCAUGCAGCUCAGUGGAUGAAUGCAUUAGGCUAAAGACAUGGUAUCUUCAGGUGUACUUGGGAUGCUUUACUAAAUUGUUUUCCAUUAGAAUUAGGCCUUGAUUUUAAAUCCAAGGAAGCUUGAAGACCCUUAGCUAAAUUUUUUUUCUGUAGAACAAGGAACAUGUAUUAAAAAUAAGAUCUGACCUAAAAUAAUAAGGAUUGUGGGGAAAGUGAAUUCUAUCAUAUACAUUAAAACAUGUAUCUAACUGUGUGGCCUUCUUUAGGCAAACAGUAACUGCCUUGUACUAUCAGAAUAAAAGAAUUCAACCAAUAGGAUUCAAGGAUUGUGUUAUAUCUAGAAUAUGCUGAAAUGCUCUCAAGUCCUAAGCACUGAAAAAAAUCAUCUUUACUUUGAAAUAUACAAAGCACACUUUCAAAAUAAUAAGGGCCUUUAAGCUUUCUUUGAUUGCAAUUAAGGUUCAUUUUAGUUUUUUUUCUUUUUAACCAAUGUGCCAUCUCUCUCCAAUAUAUACAUAUAGCACAGUAAAUUGUACAAAAUGAUUCAGACAUCAGAAUUUUACAUCAUCAGAGUGGUUUUUUUUUUGUUAUUGUUUUGUUUUGUUUUGAAUACAGUAGGAAUUUCUUUGGGAAACUUUUGCUCCCAAGAUUCAGUUGCUGGUACUUAGCCCAUUGUACUUAUCCUGGGCUAACUGCUAUGUUAAUUCAAAAAGCUCAAAUUACGAUUUGCCGAAAUUUUCUCUUUUUUUCUUUUGCCAUUAUUUUGGCAAAAUGAAAUGCGGCAAUUGUUCAGAACCAUUAGGUCCCCAAAGCAUGUGUCUUAACGCUUGGUGGCCGCUGUACUUUGGGAGGUGAUGCUUAUAUAUAAAUUUGCCUUUGGUAUGAUUUAAGCCACUGAUAGAAGAAGUAAGCCUCUUUGCCCCCUUUUGGUGGGAAAUGGUCCCUUAAGAUGUUACCCUCAGUAAAUUGAUGUUGUUAGCUUUCAAACAUUCAAUAAACUGUCACAAUAUACCUACUAGGUUCCUCCUGAGAAUACAGGUACGUCAAGGAGAGCACCAUCCCCCACAGUCCAUCUCCAUUCUGGGUCACCUCCGUCAUCUAUGGGUUCUGGUAGUCCUGGGAGAGGCAGGGAAAGGGCCUCGAAAAAGAAAA